GCGAGAACCGGUCAUGAGGAAGUUAGUAAUUAUUUUCCAUUUAAAUUUCAGCAGUAAAAUUUGUGACUGAUGAUAACUAUUCUUGAAACAUCAAAAACAUUAUGGUAAUAUCUCAGUUAAUUGAUGAGCCUUUACUUGUUCAUGCUGUGUUCAAAAGAGAUGUGGAUGAGGUUCGUGAACUGAUUUUACAGCGAGAAGAUGUGAACUAUCAAGAUGCAGAACGUCGAAGUGUACUCCAUGCUGCAGCAUUCUGUGGAGAAGCAGAAAUUGCAGAUAUUUUGAUUUUAAGUGGGGCUCGAGUUAACACAAAAGAUAAUCAUUGGGUAACUCCACUGCAUCGUGCAUGUUCCACAGGAAGUGAGGACACAGUAGAGGCACUACUUAAACAUGAAGCAGAUGUUAAUGCCCGAGACAAAAGUUGGCAGACUCCUCUCCAUGUAGCGGCAGCCAACAAUGCUAUAGAAUGUGCAAAAUACAUUAUACCUCUUCAGAAUAAUUUGAAUGUAUCAGAUCGAGCAGGGCGCACUAGUCUACAUCACGCCUCUUAUAAUGGACAUACAGAGAUGGUUGAUCUUCUCCUCAAGAAUGGAGCUACGUGUAAUUCUUUUGACAAGAAGGAAAGGCGAGCAAUUCACUGGGCUGCGUACAUGGGGCAUACAGAUGUUAUUCAGUUGUUGAAGAAUUCUGGAGCAGAGCUGAAUGUCAGGGACAAACAGUGGUACACUCCUCUUCAUGCUGCUGCAGCAAAUGGUCGUUUAGGGGCCAUUCAGCUUCUUCUGGAACUUGGAGCUGAAAUCGAUGCUGUGAAUGUAUAUGGUAAUACUUCACUCCACAUUGCCUGUCUUAAUGGACAUGACGAUGUGGCAGAAGAACUCGUAUCACAUGGAGCUUCCAUUCAUGCUGUGAAUCACAAAGGAUUGACACCUCUACAUUAUUCUGCGGCUUCUACACAUGGUGGCGGAUGCUUAGAAGUCCUUAUCAGAGAAAGUGCCAAUGUUAAUGCUCAAGCCCAAGAUGGUCGGACCCCUCUCCACAUGUCGGCUAUUCAUGGAAGGUUUACUCGUGCUCAAACGCUUUUGGAUCAUGGUGCUAUUGUAGACACUGUGGACAAAGUUGGGUGCUCACCUCUUCACAUAGCAUCUCGUUAUGGCCACGAGUUACUAGUUGGUCUUCUUCUCUCUGUUGGAGCUGACCCCACCAAGCGAGGUGUUGGAGGCAUGACCCCUUUACAUCUUGCUGCUUUACGUGGCUUCCUGAACUGUUGCAGUAAACUAAUUGAUGCAGGAGUAGAUUUUGCUGCCAAAGAUGACAAUGGAAGAAACAUAGUACAUUUAGCAGCAUUUGGGGAUUGUUCUAAAGAUGUUUCGUUACAGAAGAAAUAUUGUAACGUAGGAGAAACCAAGCUUCCUAUUCACUAUGCAUCAAGUCAGACUCAUUAUUCGUGUCUUGUGUUUCUGCUUGAGGCCAGUACCACUGUCAACCAACAAGAUCUCGAAGGAUGUACACCUCUACAUUAUGCUGCCUCUGCUGAUGCCGAAGGCCGCUGCGUCUCCUGUCUUUUGAAUCAUGGUGCAAAUGCUAGUCUCAGAGAUAGUCGGGGAUUUACUGCUGUCCAUUAUGCUGCGGCUAGUGGUCAGUGUGCUGUCUUACAGACUCUUCUUGAAACGGGUACACAUCCAAAAAUAGGCAGCAAGUUAGAUCCUGUCAGUGCCACUCCAUUACAUCUUGCGGCAUAUAAUGGGCAUCCAACUUGUCUUAGUCUGUUGACAAAUACUUUCUUGGAGCUGAUAGAUGUAGUGGACACCUGGGGUCGUACAGCACUGGAUCUAGCUGCUUUCCAAGGGCACUUUGACUGUGUUCGAGUUCUGUUGUCAGCGGGUGCCAGUCUUUUUGUCCAUGAUCAAGUCACAGGCCGUACCCCCGUUCAUGCAGCAGCAUCUCAAGGACAGAAAGAAUGUCUACGGCUUCUCCUUGAACACAAUAACUCCUGUGAAGUUGUUGAUGCUGUUGAUAGAUAUGGAAGAACGCCAUUGAUGCAGGCUGCCCUCUAUGGACAUUCAGAGUGUGUACUGCUAUUACUUAGGCAUGGAGCUUCUGUCACUGCUGUAGAUACAAAUAGAAGAACUGCGCUAUUUCGAGGGGCUGUGACUGGGCACGAAGAGUGUGUACAUGCAUUAAUUCAAAAUGGAGCUUUCGGGGGCCACAGAGAUGUCCUUGGAAAAACACCAUUUCAUCUUGCUGCUGCGUGCGGUAACGUGGGAGUUCUUGGAGCCCUUCUACAAUCUCAUUCGACCAACGGGCUGUUAGACAAGGCAAGUUUUACCCCUCUUCACUGGGCUUGUUAUGGUGGUCAUGAAAGCUGUGUAGAACUUCUUCUCGAGCACUGCAAGAUUUCUAAUUUUAUUGGAAAUAAGUUCUCUCCACUUCACUGUGCAGUUAGCAACCCGUUUCAAGGGAGUGAAACUUGUACAGAGCUACUACUAAACCAUUUUGGAAAGGAGAUUGUACACCUACGAGACAAGAAAAACAGAACACCACUGCAUAUAGCAGCAUUUCACGACAGCCUACUCUGUUUACAACUUCUACUUCAAGAAGGAGCCAAGGUUGAUGCCUUUGAUGUGUAUAACCAAACAUCACUAAUGUUAGCAGCAAUAAAUGGUCACUGCAAGUCCAUUGAGGUUCUUCUAGAGCACAAAGCUGAUGCUAACUUUCAGGACAACCUAGGCAAUACAGCCCUCCACCAUGCUUGUCUUCAGGUUUGUGGUUUUGAAAUUCUAAUUGCAUCUUCUAAG